AGCGCACGAGUGCGGAUCGGGUUCGGAUACGGUUACGGAUAUCUGAUUCAAUUUACUCGUGAACAUCUUGAACGCAGCCGUUGCCUGGAUCAUUAUUCCCCACGAGCUACAAAAAAAUAAAACAAAAAAUCACAAAAAAAAAACCAACAAAAAGAAAUGCGAGCGAGCGAGCAUCGAGACAGCCAAGCCCUAAAUGGAAAAGUGAAAAACUAUCUUAAAAUUGUGCAAUAAAAAAUAAAAGCAAAUUAAACGAAGGAAUCAACAUAAAAUUGUCGAAACGAAAGAAGAAAGAAAGAAAUUAAUUAAGACUGAAUUUGAGGCGAAGUGUUAGUGUUUUGUUUGCGUGAUCGUGCAGUUAUUGCCCCAUAAAUUCGCCCACAAAUAUUUACAGAAGUUUAUUGCACUUGCAAUCGAGUGAAAAUCAAUUAUAAAAAAAGUAAAUACAAAAAAUAAACAAAUAAAAUCUUUCGUUAUAAUUUGAUUGCCAUUAUUAUACGCAGUUAUCGGUCGACUGGUGUUUUACUAACCAUGAAAACGUUGGAAAGUGUGCCAAUCUGAGAAAAUCAUAAACCAAAAGUUGUGUUGUUGUUUAAAAAGCAGCACUGGAAAAGUGCGAAUGCAAGUGCGUGAUCAAGAAAUAUCUGUGGCAAAAAUGCUAACAGUCAGUGAAAAUUAAAUUUGAUAAACCACAAGCCAACUACAGUUUAUUGUUCUCAUCAAAAGUCGAGUGAAACCCAAACUCAUCACCAUCGUUAAGAGCGUUUAAGAGACAGUCGAAUUAAACUUCUGUGCAACGAACCAAUUACAGCCAUUUAUGACUGGCAACCUUACAGUUAAUUGAGAGUCUAACAUGCGCCCGGCACGUUACAGAUGAAGCAAGCAACUUUAAUCAGACACAGACACAGAACCGCAGACCCGAAGAUGUGGCCCAAACAGCGUUGGCUAGUCAAGAGAGCAACUGCUGCGAUACCAGCGAGGAGCACACACCAAAUACUAGAAGUAUUACUAGCCUUAAUCUUAGUCAAUGGCCUUGCCUCAGCGACAGCAGCGCUUAUCACACCACCGGAUAGCAUCAGCAGCAGCAACAACAACUUCGAGUAUGAUUCGUUAUCCUCAAACGAGGAUGACGACAGUCCGUCGUCCUUGCCCAGUUUCUAUCGCAGUCCGCAUCGCCUUGAUGGCUACUAUACGCCAGCGGAUCUGCAACGUAGCCACAACUACAAGAUUAGCCCAAAGCCGUGCUCCUUUGGUCGCGUCGAGGGCACCUGCAUGUUUGUCUGGGAGUGCAUCAAGUCCGAGGGCCAGCACGUGGGCAUGUGCGUGGACUCGUUCAUGUUCGGCUCCUGUUGUGCCCACAACUACACGGAUAACAUUGUGCUGCCCCAGACCGCCUUCUCGUACACUCGACCCACUAAACCGUUGUCGCUGAGGCCGCGACCGCCACCUCAACCCCACAAGCCGCUGAUCAGCGGAAUGACAACCAUAGAACGUCCCCAUGGUGCUGGAACCUUGGUAAUUCGCCCAUCAGGUCCUCAUCAUCAAGGCCCACUGUCCAGGCCACAUCCAAAACCAACGUCGCCGCCGGAUCUGCAUAGUGCGGCCAGCCAGGCGACGGCCAGUUCCAAUAGUAUUUGGCAUACAUCAACGAACCAGCAGCAGGCACAACAUCAUCACUGGCACAUGACCACCGAGCCAAGUUUUAUUACCAAGCCACGACCCACCGGCUGGACCAAGCCCGGCAUCGUCAAUUUGCCAGCACCUCAGCGCCCCUCGAAGCCGCCAAAGCCCACAAAGAAGCCGAUUGUAUACGAGCGGCCACCGCCACCGUCACCUCAAACUCCAACGCCGGCGACGUCGUCAACGACAAUGAUUCUGUUUGGCCAGACAAAACCAAAACCCAAACCCAAACCGACCAGGCCUCAGCUGUCGCCGGCCACAUCAUUAGCCGCAUCGUCCUCAUCAGCAUUGCCAGCAACAUCAGCAGCAGCAACAACAACAACAACAACAACGAAGGGCUCAACGACCACAACAACGACAACAACGAGGAGAACGACAACUACAAUGACAACGACCACAAGAAAACCCAUAAAGCCCUACCAACGGCCCACCACAGUGGGCACAACAACAACAAUGAGUACGACAACAACUACAGGAGCAGCUGCAUCGGCAGGAACAACAUCAACCGGGAGACCAAGUCCAAGUCCAAAUCCAAGCCAGAGACCAACGCCACAGCUGCCCACACGCUUGCCAGCCACAUCGGGCAUUGAAUCCAAUGAGAUAACGGACUCCUCCACACAUGAUGAAGCCGGCAAUGCGGCGACAAUGCUGGGCACCGUGAGGACCAUUUCGGCAGCACGAAGCGAGUGCGGAGUGCAGAUGCUGACGCGUCCAGAGACGCGCAUUGUGGGCGGCAAGAGUGCAGCCUUCGGUCGUUGGCCCUGGCAGGUGUCUGUGCGACGCAUCUCGUUCUUUGGUUUAUCCAGCACCCAUCGCUGCGGUGGCGCUUUGAUCAACGAGAACUGGAUAGCCACGGCGGGGCACUGUGUGGAAGACUUAGUUAUCAAACAGAUACGCAUACGCGUGGGCGAAUAUGAUUUCUCGCAUGUGCAGGAGCAGCUGCCAUACAUUGAGUGUGGCGUGGCCGAGAGGGUGGUGCAUCCCAAGUACAACUUCAAUUCGUACGAAUACGAUUUGGCAGUGGUGAAGCUGGAGCAGCCGCUGGAAUUUGCACCGCAUAUCAGUCCCAUUUGUUUGCCCGAAACGGACAGUUUGCUGAUUGGCAUGAAUGCCACUGUCACUGGCUGGGGUCGUCUCAGCGAGGGCGGCACACUGCCCUCAGUGCUGCAGGAGGUGUCCGUUCCAAUUGUGAGUAACGACAAAUGCCAUUCGAUGUUUUUGCGCGCUGGGCGUCAGGAAUUCAUACCGGACAUUUUCCUAUGUGCUGGCCAUGAAACUGGCGGCCAGGAUUCUUGUCAAGGCGACUCUGGUGGUCCACUUCAGGCUAAGGCGCAGGAUGGUCGCUUCUUUCUCGCCGGGAUUAUUUCGUGGGGCAUUGGCUGUGCCGAGGCCAAUUUGCCGGGUGUCUGCACGCGCAUCUCGAAGUUUGUGCCCUGGAUACUGGAGCAUGUCAGAUGAUAAUUGACAGAAUGAAUGGCUCCUCCACUCUUGUUAUUGUUUUAAUUUAUUAGUUAUAUCUUUAAGUUUGUGUGAUUUUAUUUUAAACGAAUCUUAAGCGUAGUUAGCUUCAAUUAAUAACAAUUUGCAUUAACAUUCGAUUUGUGCUCAACUCCCAUAACGUACAUGUAGUCAAGACUCCCCCAAUAAGUUAGUCUAGCGAAAAUUCUUUGUAGGCUGAUCUUAAGUUCUUUCUAUCGGAUUCGAAUCGUUUUAAAUGAUAUAAGAAGAGUAGCAUCGAUAUAUCUGUAUAUAGACUUAGUAAACGUAGCAAAAGUCAUUUUUAUUGUGCAGUUGUUGGUAUUGUAGUUUAGGCAUAUUUAACAAUUAAUUACAACUUAUAAUUUAUAAACAAAUUGCAUACAAACAUCAUUAUGUUGUAUCUUGCCCAAAGAACAAGUUUAUUUAUAAAGAUGAGCUCAAAUAAAUUUAUAACGAAAA